AUGGAUGCGCCAGGAAGCAGUGGUCCGGAAGUGACUGACUAUAUCGACCACUCUAUGGUGGAGGCGGCCUUGAAGAGACAUUUCUCGUGUGACACCAUCACGGUGGAGUCCAUCGUGGUGGAGCCGGCGAACAAGGUCGGCGCCGGCUACAGCAGCCAGAUGUCCAGGGUGACGGUCGCCUUCAGGAAGGGCGAGAAAGAGGCGACUCAGCAGCUGCCGUUGAUCGUGAAGGCCGACCAUAGCAGAGUGGGGGCGCAGCAGCAGGUCCGUAAGUGGGACGUAUUCAAGACGGAGGCGCUGGUGCUGGGCGAGGUGAUGCCCAUAGCGCACGAGGCUCUGCGCCUGGUGGAGGGCGCAAUUUUCCGUCCACUGGUGGCCACGUGCCUGCACCACGGCACCACGCCCAGGGCCUUCCUCGUGCUGGACGACCUGGUGGCGGCCGGCUAUCGACUGGCAGACGCGGAUCGACCUCUCGACUACCAGCACUGCGAGGUGGUGAUGCGAGCGUACGCGCGCCUCCAUGCUGGUACAGCCUAUGUGCUCAGCAAGCUCCCUGACUGCGGUGCCCAACUCUAUGUCGAUUACUUCAGCGCUGAGGACAUGGAAUUUAUUCUGCGGCCGAUGAUGCAAAGUACGUUUUCCGCUGUUGCCGAUUUCGUGAAGAGAAUUCCUAGCUAUGAACACUGUGCAGACAAGUAUAUGGAGCUCACAGAUACAUUACUGCCACUGAUGAGAAAGACGUUGAAGAAAAAAGUACAAGAUACUAAGCUGAAGGUACUGGUUCAUGGUGACUGCUGGAAGAACAACAUGAUGUUCAAGUACUCGUCAGGGGAUGUUGUUGAUGUGCGGUUCGUCGAUUUUCAGAUGACACACGUGUCCAGCCCUGCCCGCGACCUGGCAUACUUCCUGUACGCGAACACCGGCCUGGAUGUGCACGAGCGCCUGCCUUCACUGCUGGAGACCUACCACACACAGCUACAGGCGUCGCUGCGCGCGCUGGGGAUGGCAGCUGCGGCGGACGCCUACCCGCUGGACGAACUGCUCAGGGACAUGGAGGACCUGAAGCAUUUCACCCUCUACACUUCCACCUUCUGUGGUUUCGUGGUCUCCUCGGAGCGCGUCGGAGACAAAUUCACGCGAGCUCUACAGGACUUAAAUUUUCAGCCAGACACAUUGUAUGGCGUGUAUGACAACGAAUACUCCCGACCAUAUAUGCAGUACAUUAUACGCCACUUCGAGAGUAAGGGGCUCCUGUGA